AUGGAUGGAAGUCCUAAAAGUAAAGCUGACGCGUCUUCUUCUUUGCAAAAUUAAUAAUCUCAAUUAACAUAAUCCUAGCAAGCUUAAAAAAUUUAUCAAAGCGAAAGUGGAAAUUACAAAUAGAUAGUUUAAAAAAAUAGCUCUGAAAAUUAAAAAUUAAUGGAUGAUUAAACUGAUAAAAAUGUGAACAGCAUUGGAAUAUAGGAAUUUGAUAAUAAAAUUUGUCAAUAACAAAUAACAGACAAAAAAAUACUGAACGAAGUAUCUUAAAACUAGGAAAUCCAAUUAAAUAAUAUCAAAAGCAGUAGAAGCAGUUCAAACAAUUCUUAAAUUGCAGGAAAUGUUAUAAAUAGUAUAAGCUAUGAACCAUAAAACGGAAAAAAUAAUUGUAAUAGCUAAAGUGUUAGUAGCAAUUCCAACAAUCAAUCUUAAGAUAUCCAUAUUAGCAAUCAUGUGUUUGAAAGCAAGAAUCACUCUUCUAAUUGUUCAAGAAAUGAUUAAUUAAACUAAGAUUUACAAAAAAAGCUAUCUGCUAGUAGUGAUUCAGGGAUUUAAAACGUUUUUGAAGAUUAAAGCAAGAAUUAAGUAGUAUGUAACAUGGCUCAAUCAGCUAUUUUAUUUGAUUAAAACUCUUUGGAAAGAAAAGAAUAAAAUUAAAAUACAUUAAAGCAAUAAAACUUAUAAGCUGAAAACGCAAGUAUGUCUUCUUCUUCAUAACAGUAAUUUUUAUAGCCUGACCAGUAAUUGAAUUAGUAUCAUCGAUAUCAUAGAAAUUAAUUUAAUUAUGCACUAAAUCGUAGGAGUCACAGCUAAUCUAGGGAGUAAGAUUUUGAAGAAAGUGCAUCUUCUUCAUCAUUCUCUAAAUCAUCAACUAAAAAAGCUGUUGGCGAAGUCACUACUGGGUUAGUAGUUAAUGGAAAUAGCAACAAUUAAAUGAAUUUAAAUAUUACAACUUAGAAUUAAAAUCAAAAUAGCAACAACAACAGUAAUAGCAGCAAUAAUAAUAGUGAUGUUAAUAAUAAGAACACUGCAAACAAUAAUUUUUUUGUUAACAUUGCAAAUGUUUCUACAGAUUAAUACACAAGAAGUAGUAGUAGCACAGCAGAUAAAAAGAAAGUAUUACGUUAAAAGAUGUUUGAUGUAUCAUUGUUAAAUUUUUUUGUGAGACAAUAAUCCCAAAAUAAUAGUUCAAAAAGUUCUAAAAAUAAUAGUAAUAUGUCUUCAAACGAUUCUCACGACAACAAUAGUGGUCCUAACAGCAGAGUAAUUAAUGAGAAAAAAAUCAAGGAAAACAAGUAGACAUCAACUACUUCAACGACACGCGCAUAGAUUUUAUAUGGACCAACAAAAGAAGAGUUAAAUCAGAAAUUAAUGGAACCUGUCGGUCACCGCCGUACAAUUUCAUCUAAUUUGCACUAACAUAGUUAAGCUUGCUCCUCCUCUGGCUCUUCACUAUCAUCAACUAACAAUUAUUCAUAAAAUCAAAAGCAAAGCUUAAACUUAAAUUAAAACUUAUUUAAUUCGUUUGGCCCUAUUUAAAAGCAAGAAUCUUCGACUUAUUCCCACUUUUAAACUCCAGUUUAUUCUUAAAAACUUCUUCAUUUUUACAAUGAAAGUUCAUCUUCAUCAUCUUCUGCAGAUAAUCAGCAAUCUUUCAUCCAACAGAGUAAAAAGAAAAUAUCCUAGCCUUUCUGUUCUAUUGGAGGAGAUAUUAACAAUAAUAGUUGUGAUCAAAAAGAUGAAAUGAUUUAGUUCGAAAAGUAGUUUUAAGAUAUUAUACCUAAUUCUAAAUAGAUUACUGAACCUUAAAAUAAUAGCUCAUUAGUUUAAAAUAGCUCUGUUUAAAACAAUAAGUUACCAACAGUUGUAACGGAAGUAGAAGAUACUGAGGACGAUGAUUAUGCAAAUGCUUUCUAAGAAUGGUCUGUAAAUAUCUCUCCCUAAGCAUCAAAUUCUAUUAAAAAAGCUCCUUUAUCACCAGAUUUUUUAAUUGCAAAUUAAGAUUUUAGUUUAUAAUAUCCCUAAACUCAUCAUUAGUAAUAAAUUUUAAAUUUAAAUGAAAACUUUGAUGAUAUUUAGAAAGAAAUUAACUAGUAAAAUCUUCAAAAGCAAAUUCAAAAUUUUGAAGAAAAAAAUGAAAGUGAUAAUUUUAUAAACUAAUUACAAAAACCUCAUACUCAAUAAUAACAACAGUAGCAAAACCAAAUAAAUAUACUAUCACAUUCUCAUAUUUUAGAUUAAAGAAUGGAGGAUAAUAAAUAUUAGCCUUUAUAACAUAGUAUGUUUUAUGAACAUCAAAUUCAUUAAUUAUAAUAGCAGCAGUAGUAGUAAGAUAAUACAGAAAAUGUACUAUACUAUUAGGAUUAAAAUUUUAGAAUUCAAAAUAUAAUUUUAUAGUAGCAGUAGCAAUUUCUUGUAAAGUAACCUCAAAACUAGCAAAUGCAGUAAAAUGUAAUAGGUUUACCUUUAUCUUAACCUGAUUAACAGGCUAAUAUAUUUUUCCCUGCAUCAAAUGCAAGUGAGAAAUUUUAAGCUUAAUUUCAUACAGGGUCUCUAAUCCUACCUCCUUAGUAAAGCGAGAUAAAUAAUAUUAUAAGUAGUCCUUCUGUAAUGAAUUAAAGCUUACAAAUUUCAACUCCUCCUAGUAAUUUUAGCAAUUAGUCUAAACACAUAGAAAGCAAAAAGUAAUACUAAAUUGGUGAUUUAACUCCUCGUGAAGGCUAUAAUACUCUUAGUACAAAUCCUUCAAGCAAGAAGAGCGUAUGCAUGAAAUCGCCUAAAGAAGAUAACUUCUUUACAACUUCUAGUGCCUCCUCAACAAAUAAGAUAAUUAGUAAAAAUACAAAUAUACAUUCUACAGCUGUUACUGAUGAAAGUUUAAUUGACAAUAUUAACUAGCAGUACCCAACAAUUUCAAAUACAGAAUUAGGGAUGAUGUAAAAAAAUUAGUAUUUUACUUCUCAAAUUCCUAUAACACCUCAAUUGAAUAAUUAAAUUAAUAUUAAUCCUCUGAUUUAUCCCACAUAAGUUUACUUGAGUGAUGAAAAAAUGUAAUAUCAACAAUCUAUCUUAAAUAACCCAUCAGGAUAAAAAAUGAAAACGCAACCUAACCCUCAAACAUCAUCUUCAUCCUAAUACUCCUCUAAUAGUACAAGUUAGUAUAACUUUACUCCUUCAAAUAUGGGUUUUAAGAAUUAGCUAGAAAAUAUUCAUCUCAUUGGUACAAAUAUUCAGAAUGGGUUAAGAAGCAGCGAGUGCUAUCCUUAAUCACCUUCACCAAAUUUAGAUUUUUUAAAUUAAAGAAAAAGUUUGCAUGUAAGUAGCUCAACAGGAUCUAAUUAUUUUAGUGAUUAAAAGUAAAUAAUUCCCUAGGUUUUGAACUUUUAGAUAACAUAGCAUAAUCAGCCAAAUUUAUAAUAGACAUCAUCUAAUCAGCACUCAAAUUCAAGUGAGCCUAAUAGUCUUAUUAACUAACAUCAAUAUGGUAGUGGUAUUCAUUUAAAAACUAGUGAGUCUACUGAUUUUAGUAAUUAAUCUUUACCUUAAUUUUAAAAUAUGUCUUCUUCUAUUUCAAGCAUGCAAGCUCAAUAAUAAAAGAAUUAACAAAUUUACGGUAAUUAGAAUUAAAAUAAUUAGAAAAAUGGAUUAUAAAAACCAGAAAUAAUAUCAUAAGCUUCUUCAUCAUCUAAUUCAUCUAUAAAUUCAUCAUAACAGCAGCAAGUUUAUUAGCAGAAGAAAAUAUCUAAUCAAUUUUAAUAGCAGAAUAGUAAUGAUUAGACAUCUAAUUCAUAAUAAUUUUAAUUGAACAAUAGUAAAUAGCAAUUCAUACCGAAGAAAAAUUUUAGCUAAAUUAAUCAAAUAAACUUUUAAAACGCCUCUUUAAAUAGCAACAACAGCAGUGGAAGUAACUAAAACAAUAGCAGUAUUAACAAUUAAAAUAAUAAUAUAACAAUAAAUAAUAGCUAGUAAAUCCAUUACCCUAACCAUCAUAAGAGAUAAUAAUCAUAAACUAGCCAAAGUGGAUAAAAGCAGAAUCCUACUUAAAUGCAAUAAAAUUGUUUUUAAAAACCAUAAUAUUAGCAGCAAAAGAUGGACCCGAAAUAAAAUAACCAAUAAAUAAGUUAGAAUAAUAUGAGAAAUUCUCAAUAGGAAAUAAAAAGUAAACCUAUGAAUAAUAUUUCACAACAGUAAUAGUAAUAACAUUAAAACUAAAAAAUUAAUUAAAAGAAUAAUAACAAUAAUAAUAACAACAACAAUAAUAAUAGCACGAUUAAAAAUAAUACCAUAAAUAUGAAUUAAAAUAAUAUUGUAAAUAAUCUCAAUAAUAGUAACAUCAAUAGUCUAAAUAACAACAAUCCUAAUAACAAACAACAAGGAGGAAGACACAGACAUACAGUUUCAGAAUCUUCAACUGAAUAUAAAAUAGAUUUGAAAAGAAUAAAUGAAGAUGGCAGAACAACUUUGAUGAUAAAAAAUAUACCAAAUAAAUAUGAACAAGAUCUACUUCUAUAAACUAUUGAUAGGAAGCAUAAGCAUACUUACGAUUUCUUUUAUCUACCUAUUGAUUUUACAAAUAAUUGUAAUGUUGGGUAUGCAUUUAUAAAUUUCAAAGAAACUAGGUUUAUUGAGCCUUUUUAUAGAGAAUUUAAUGACUAAAAAUGGAAAAAAUAUAAUUCUGAUAAAAUUUGCUAGCUUUGUUAUGCAAGAAUUCAAGGAAGUGAAAGUUUAAAUAAUCACUUUAGAUCAUCAUCAGUUAUGAAUUAAAAAGAUAACAAAUAUAAACCCCUAUUUAUAGAUACUAAAGAUAAAUCAGCUAUAUAACAAAUUGUUGAUUAACAAAAAAAAGAUAUAGAAAAAGAAAAGAAAUGA